CAUAUAAGAAUGUGUUGUACGCUGUGCAGGUGUUUCGGUGGACAGGUGUCCUGGGAUAAAUCACUGUGCAUCGGCAGCACAUAUGAUGAAACAGACGAAAUGAUCACACAUCACAUUGUGGACAGACCCACCAUCAACAAACAGUACAUCAACAGGUACUACAUCCAGCCCCAGUGGGUGUAUGACUGUGUAAAUGCGAAGAUUCUGUUACCUGUAGAGGAAUAUUUCCUGGGAGUUACACUGCCGCCCCAUCUGUCACCAUUCGUGGAGGAGAGUGAGGGAGAUUAUGUGCCGCCUGAGAAACUCAAACUCUUGGCCCUGCAGAGAGGAGAGAAGCCACAGACGGAAGAAGAGGAGGAGGAGGAUGAAGAUGACGAAGAGGAAGAUGAUCAAAGUGAGGAAGAAGAUGAGUCUGAAGAUGAAGCAAAUUUAGCUGAAAUGGAGGAGAAGAGAGCUCAGGGAAAGGUAAGAUC